UCGUUCCAUACCUGUGUAAUAACUCGAUUGUCAAAAACGUCAUCUCCAAGUUGAACGAUCGAGAAACAGGGUUAUUCCGAUGAUUGUGCGGUGUUGAUCGUUCGAUAUAUAGCCCAAGUUCUGUGAACAACGAGGAAAAGCGUGGUGAACCGGUUUCAAGGUGCACAUGAAGAGAAUCGCGUUUAAAGUAUAACUUCUGUUUUACACCGGUAUCCGGCAAGUUACUCGGGAAGAUAAAAGAAAAAAAGUCGUGUCGGUUUGGGCCGGAAGAGUCGGAGGAAAGAAUAAAGUUGAAUAAUGUGCAGCAACGAGUCUCCGCCACCGGCGCGGGAACAAUUGACCGUCGGGCUGGGAAACCCCAUGGCCGGUUUUCUUCCGGGCCUCGAGCACUAUCGUCUCCAAUUGUAUCAUUACGCGAUGGCCGAACGUCUGCGUCUCGCCCAACAACUGCAUCCGCAGCAUCCGGGAGGUGUCGGUGGCGGGCAUCCGAAUUCGGGUGGAUCUCACUUGGGUCUGUCGGCCGGUUUUCCAGCGCCGUUGCCGUUGUACCCGGCGGCAGCGGCUGCAGCCGCCGCUGCCGGCUAUCCGAGCAGAUUGGCCCUCUCGAUGGCGCUGCUGCACCCCCAUCAUCAGAGAAUUUCUGAGGAGCCGAAACCCCAGCACAGUUACAUAGGACUUAUCGCGAUGGCGAUACUUUCCUCGCCAGAAAAGAAGCUCGUCCUUUCCGAUAUCUAUCAGCACAUACUCGAGCACUAUCCGUAUUUUCGAACUCGUGGCCCUGGCUGGCGGAACUCUAUAAGACACAAUCUUUCCCUGAACGAUUGUUUCGUAAAGUCGGGUCGAAGCGCGAACGGCAAAGGUCACUACUGGGCCAUACACCCGGCAAAUUUGGAGGAUUUUCGACGGGGUGAUUUUCGUCGCCGGAAAGCCCAGAGAAAGGUCAGACGUCACAUGGGUCUUGCGGUCGACGAAGAACCGGACAGCCCGAGUCCACCGCCUCCACCGGCGACGCCGCCGCUGCCGAGCGGUCUCCUAGGACCGACGGUCGGCUCUCAGCCGAUAACCGGUAUCUGGAGUCCCCAUCACCACCACCAUCAUCAUCACCAUCAUCAUCAUCAGCAACAGCAGCAGCAGCAACAGCAGCAGCAGCAACAGCAGCAGCAGCAGCAGCAGCAGCAGGCUCAACAAUUGGCUCAUCAGCAGCAUCAGCAUCAUCGUGACAGCGAGACGAAUAACAACCACGGACAGCAGCAACAGCAGCACCAUCAGAUCCAGAGUCAAUCGCUCCGUCGAACGUCCUUCCAGCCCUCGAGAAAGCGGCAAUUCGACGUUGCGUCUUUGCUCGCACCGGACGACAAUCAUCAUCACCACAACAAUCAUCACAGCAACCAUCAGAUCAUCGAGAGCAGCGACGCGAGCAUAAUCACCGGCAGAACGAUCAAAUCGCCAAGGUUCAGCUGCAGCGAGGACGAGCCUGAUAUCCCGGAGCCCGACGUUGACCAGGACGACGAGGAGGUCGAGGUCGACGUCGACGUCGUUGCGGAGACGAGCACCCUGCAAACCCCCGACGUUACCCCGUCGGCCAGUCCGGAAGCGAACAUAAACGGAUCAACGGGUCACAUCGAGUGGAACGGAUUGAACGGCGGAACGCUUCCCGGGCUCCGGCUCGGAACCUCGACACAGCCCAUCGCUGCGAUUUAUCUUCAAAACCAUCUCCACGGACGGAAUUAUUACGUUCAGGCGAACGCCGGCUCCGGUUCCAGCGUUUAGAGUACGUUCCUUCGUUUCUCCCCUCUCCCUCGCACUCCCUCUUUUCAAAUUCACAUUACGAGACUUGAUUCAUUUAAUGAAACUUCAUGAGCUAUCGGCUCGUCGAACGAUGGACCAAAUUGAGAAGAAUCACUCACCCCGAUACUUUUAGCAACGCAAUUUGUGAGAGGACUUAUUUGUAAAAUUGUAAAUAUGUGAACGCGACGAAGAGAAAUACGAGAGGCCUCGAGGCUCUCCGAAUUUGGUGUUUUCGUUUCAAGAGUAUGUGAAAGCGCGAGCGAUCCCAGCACUAUUUCGAACAGCCACCGUUUCGUUAUUCGCGAUCGCUUCGACAAUGUCCAAAGUGUAAUAUAUUAGUCGUAUAAGAACAUGUGAGAGGAGACAACCGUUGCGUUUUAGAAAACCAUUAUCCAAGAAAUUGAAUAUAUUAUAUAUAUAUAUAUAUAUAUGUGUAUAUAUAAUUAAUUGUAUUUAAUUAUAUGUACCGUAUGACACGUGAUUGAAAAGAUGAAGAAAACUGGGACCCUUGUUGUCGAGGCACCGGUCUAUAUUCCCACGAGAAUAUAUGUAUCUCGUGUAUAUGUACCUACGUCGAGCCCCCCCCCCCCCCCCUCUUGCCACGCUCCCCCCGCCCCAUCUCCCUCCCCAUUAUUUCGAUAAUUAGAAAAACAUUUUGUCGGUUUAUUUCGAUCGCAAGAUAUCUGUUAUCAUCGUCAUCGUUGGACCCUCUGAGCUGUCGGUUUCGAUAUCGACGGUUUGAAUAAUAAAAAGAAUGAAUCCGAGAAAAGUAA